GUUUUAGUUACCCCCCAAGUUUAUAGAUGGCACGGAGCUUUUAUACAAGAAAAACAAACAAGAUUUGUUUACACACCAAAACAUAAAGUCACUUUUUGCACUCGACUCAAGGUUUAUCUUGUGGUGAAAUAAUUCGAAUUAAUCCGUAAAUUACUAAAUUAGCCAACCCAGUACUAUCUCCAGCUAUUAUGGUUGGUGCAGUCUGGAAGCAGGAUAAUCGCGGCAAAGGUAUAUAUGUUGAUCAUGAAACAGCUGCAAGUGAGGAAGAAAAUGAGGACAACUAUGUGGAAGAUGAAAGUUUGGGCAAUUGGGCAGAUUUGCCUGAUUUGGUCAUUGAAAGAAUCUUUUCAUAUCUGAGUAAUGAAAAGCGUUAUUAUGGAUCUCUGGUGUGCAGAAGAUGGUAUCAGGCAUUUCAUCUGCCAUAUGUCUGGUCCACUUUUGUGCUAGAAGAUCGUGUUUUAUCAAGAAGACGGUUUAACUACCAUUUAGGCUGGCAAUAUACUUUAGACCACUACAGAGCUCAAAUAUUUUUGUACAAAACAGCCAAAAAUAUUCGAACCCUUAUUUUUGCUCCCAUGUUGAAUUUCUUUAAUCUCUUUGAGGUCAUGAAUAUGCUCUCCCAAUUCAGUGAAAGGUACCCAGGUUCCCUUGACAACAUCCAUACACUCAAGUUUACUUUCAACUGUGAUAUGGCGUUUCGGACGGAAAACGCCAUUUACGGUACUGGUGGUCAGCUCUUGCAAGCACUUAAAAAUCUUAUGUCUUUUCUACCUGGCCUCACGAGCUUGGAAUUGACCAAUCUGCUGUUGGACAGUUCGGAAGCUCUCUAUCUCUUGGACGAUGUCUGUUACACUAGAUGCCUCAAUCUCCAUUCACUGACACUUAUCAAUUGCACCAAAGUUCCUUGUCGUCUUCUUCACCCAGGCGCCUUCCUUCGACUGCAUUCUCUCCGAAUCAGUCCGCAAACAUUAAGCUCCGAUUUGCUUUGGCUCAUAAGCUCUACAAAAUUGAAACACUUACACAUCAUUCAGAACGCCUACACUGAAUCUUGCUACAGCAUCGAACCUAAAGCCUGGAGCGAUUUGAAUCGAAAGAAUCCGGCAAUAAGAGUCCACUUGAAAUCAAUGGGGAAAACUAAAAGAGAAAUUGUCUGGCAGGAACGUGCCCCAGUAUCAUCCGUAUUGUACAAUUCCCGUUAUUCUAAGGUGUCCAUGUCAAGUAUUCUGACCAUCGUUGAUCUCUACCGCGAUCGACUGAAAGUUUAUGGUCACCUGGGGCUUCCUCGAUUCCAUACGUCCAACAGCUUCCAGAAUCGGAUCGACAUGUCCUUGAUCACUCUUGUUCGGGAAUGUCCAAAUCUUAACACACUGGUAAUCCGCGAGAGGAUUUCAACUGCGACAUUGAUCCUGUUGGUCAGCUCAGCCAAUUGUCAACGCUUGCAUCGUCUUUACCUUCGCCGUAACGCCUUGCUACUCCGCGCCGACUGGCCUCGUAGCCUCGAGUGGACCGAGGACUAUUUCACCUGGUUAAAGACCACGUCAAGGAGCUACGAGUCUACACAGGUAGAAGUAUCUCAAAAGCUCAAACAACCUGAUUGGCAAGCCUUGAGCGAUCAACAGUUCAAAAUUUUGAAGGUUAAUGUCGAAAUUGAUUCUAUUUAACCCCUUCCCCCUUGAGUUGGGUUUCCUCAGUGUUUUUAGAUGCCAUACCUACCACAUAACCUUUAAUACGCACACAGACAAAAGAAAAACAAUUCUUGAGCUCAAGCCAAUAUUUUCCCCCGUGUAAUAAAGAUGUCAAAUACAUCGAAUAUCCACCUAGAUCUAGAAUUGGGUGAAAACAA